AGCACCCAAAGAAUCAGUCAAAAUCACUCGAUGCAGUGGAAAUGAUAAAAAUCAAGCCCAUUUGCACAUUUAUGCAGGUGUUCUCUUGAUAACCAACAAUAAUAAAGGUCACACAGUUGUGUGAAAAAUAAUAGCAAUUUCCCCAUUCAAUAUUUUUAUUCAAAUAAAAAAUCACUCAUUUUUCACACUAUUUUGCAAUCUUCCAAUUACUUUUAGUAAUUCUCACUUCUUUGUAAAUAAAAUAAAAUAAAAUAAAACACCUCACAAAUUAUACAAUUUGGUUGCAGCCUUUGGCUCUAUUCCUCCCUCCACCACUGUAGAAUUGCCUACAAGUCUGCUAUUUCAUCGCUGGCUUUUCACUUCCCAGCGCGGCGCUCGUGUGCGUCUGUCAGGCAGUCUGACAAGGUUGUUUUGAGAGUGAAAAUCAUGUCCAGGAGUGCGGAAAACGCACUGAGUCAGCAAGAAAAAUUCACCGCCGUGUGUCACGCGAUCCGGACGGACGCUGAGGCGUGUGAUCUGAAGACAUCUCUCUUCUGCCUGGCUUCGGUGCGGAGUUACCAUCUGGGCAGCGAUUUGAAGCCCAUUCCGCCCACCUUCGCGACACCCGGUGAUGUGGACAUUGAGAGUGUCGUGGCGGUGCUGAAGAAGAUUCCAACCCUGCAGGAAGUCCUCGAGAAGACUGACAACAGGCCAGAGAAGGAAGUUGUGGAUUUCCUCCAUUGGCUCCUCGUGGAAUUGCCAGAUCCUCAAGUGACACGCAUCGAUCCCAUCGAUGCCAGGCAUGUUCUUGAGCAAUUCAACUGGGAGAAGCGAGAAUUGCGUCCCAACUACAUCUUCCGGCUGGACUUCUCGCCAGACAGCAUCGCCGAGAGGAGAUUCCAAGAAUUCGCCAGCGAGUUUCCCACAAAAUACGCUUUCCACGGCUCACGGACGCACAAUUUCCACUCCAUCCUGAACUUUGGUCUUGCGCAGCAUCUCAACAAGCGAUCAGCCUUUGGCGAGGGCAUCUAUCUCUCCUCGGAUCUGUCCGUGUCCAUCUCCUACAGCCCCUCCGAGGCCACGUGGACACACUCCAGGCUGGGCAAGAGCAUCUCCUGCGUCGCUCUGUGUGAAUAUGCUGAACAUCCGACGCAUGUGAAGUGCCACGAGGCGAAGAAUUCAAAGAUCCCCAAGAACAUCAUGGUGGUGAGCAACAAUGAGAUCAUCAGAGUGCGAUAUCUGCUCGUGUAUGGACGGAAACCCAGGAAAACAGCCCAGAACGCCGAGAGAUCAGUUAUGACGUGGCUGAUGAACCACAAAGCAACGGUUCUUAUCAUCAGUUACGCCUUUCUCCUCCUCGCCGUCAAUCUCACCACCUCAAGCAACUCUCUCUGGUCAUCUGUGCUGAACAUGGCCAAGAGAUUCCUGCCCAGUUGCUUCCAGUGACGUCGUGGUCAUCAAAACCCUAUCAAAUGUGGCUGUGAAUGUACAGGACAUAUCAAUUGACCGAAAUCCAGUGUUUUUGUUGUAUUACUAAAAAUAAUUUACGUGCAAAAGGUGCAAAACA